CUUCUCCAGGCAGGAGUGAAAAACGAGCCCUAGCUGCCUUACCUCGCUCUGCCUUUUGCUGUCUAUUGCUGUCGCCGCUCACUGAUCUUAUCCUCCGGUGUUAUUUGAAUAUCUGAAGAUGUCCAAUAGAGAAGAUUCAGACAUUGACGAUGAUUUUAGUGAUCUGUACAAGGAAUACACUGGUCCACCAAGAAGUAAUACAAGUGGGCCUGACACCACAAUUACAAAAGCAAAGAAAAGAUCGUAUGCUGGCUCUGAUGAAGAGGAGGGAACCCGAGACCCGAAUGCUGUUCCCACUGAUUUUACUAGUCGGGAAGCUAAGGUCUGGGAGGCGAAAUCUAAAGCUACUGAAAGGAAUUGGAAGAAACGAAAAGAAGAAGAAAUGAUUUGUAAAAUAUGUGGAGAAUCUGGCCACUUUACUCAGGGUUGUCCGUCUACUCUUGGAGCGAAUCGCAAGUCUCAAGAUUUCUUUGAAAGGGUUCCUGCAAGAGAUCCUCAAGUUAAAGCACUGUUUAGCGAGAAGGUUAUAAGGCAAAUUGAGAAGGAUAUCGGGUGCAAAAUUAAGAUGGAGGAGAAAUUUAUGAUUGUCAGUGGGAAGGAUAGGCUGAUAUUGGCUAAAGGUGUAGAUGCUGUUCACAAAAUUAAAAAUGAGGGGGACAAGAAAGUGACUAGGUCCAGGUCACCAGAAGGGAGAAGUCCUAUUAGCUCUAGAAUCGGAAGGUCUAAUAAUCCUAGUCCUAGAAAUCCGUCACAUUAUAACCAGAGGUUUAGCAGCAGCAGGCAAGAGAAGAUGAUUGAAGAUGUGCACAGGUUACCCAGGGGGUCCCCACAACUAGCAGCAGCGAGAGCUUAUGGGAAUGAUGGUGCCCGGGGUCGGUCAACCCAUUCAAAGUCUCCUUACAGUGGUGGUGGUUCAUAUGAUGACGAGCGAAGGGCAGGGGCAGGGGCGAUGCAAAGGAACAAGGGAUGGGUGGAUGGUGACAAGCAAUCUAGCAGUAACAGCCCACAGACGUUGGAGGACUUACAAUUGGAAUAUAAGAGGGAUGCAAUGGAGAUGACACAAAUUCGAGAUAAGGAAGAAGAUGAAGAAAAUAACAGACAUCGUCAGGCUGUGAGGGAAAUGAGAGAAGAUUACAUGAAGAGGUUUGGUAUGGUGCGAGCAAUGCAUGCAAAGCAGUGGGAAGAGUUUCUUCAAGUUGAGGCUCAAAGGCGUCAGCAGCCUCCUCCUCCUCCUCCUCCUCCUGCUUCAGGAUUUGGUGGUUAUAAACAGGAUGGUUACCCUGAAUAUGAGAAUUCUGGUUAUGGUGGUGGAAUGGAUUUAAGGCCUAGGAGGGACUACCGACUACUACUGGUGAGGGCCACAUCCAGAUCCAGAUCCAGAUCCAGAUUUUGGGGAAAGCACUAAAGCUUAAGGUAAGGUAGGUAUUUGUGUUGGGGCCUUGCCUUAAUUUGAUAAAUUUAAGGUAUAGUAUAUUAGUAUGGUACGGUAUGACUAUAAAUUUAGUUUAGAAUUGGUUUCUUAAACCUUUUGCUCUCUGUUUGUUUGGGCUAUAAAUGUUGUAGCAACUGGUGGGGUUCAUUGCUCAGUAUGG